AAUUGAAAAUAAAUAAAUAUUAAAUUAAGUCUUCUUCUAUAAAUCUUUAGGAUAUUGUUUUGUAGUCGUAGCCAAGUUCUAUUUCUAUUUCAUUAUUGUAGUUACAUGGCCCGCUAGGCAGGUAGAAAGUUUCAAAAGCAUGAUCCCUUGUCAUAUGUCAUUUGUCAUAAUGAAAUUGUCAUUGUCAACAAAUUCUACCUCUAUGGAACAGCGACGAACGGACGUCUGGCUAUUUGUUCGGUUUUUGUUUAAUAUUUACUGCUCUGAUGUGCAUUAGAAAAACUCAAAUACUUAUAAAACUGUUAAUAAAAUCGUAGUGAUAAAAUAUAUAUACAUUUUAAAGUCGCAAAUGUGUUUGUAAAUAUGUUGUCGAGAUUUCACCAUUAUCACGGGUCAAAUAUCAUUUUAUUUGAGGAUAAUACUGUUGCAUAUAGAAAAGCAAGCUUUGCCCAUGGAUUAACGUUUAGUGAAAAGCCCCUGCUGCCGGGGGAAAUAUUUUUGGUUGAAAUUGAGAAAACAGAACGAGGCUGGAGUGGUCAUAUGCGUCUUGGUUUGACACUGCUUGAUCCUCAGACGGCUGCGUUGGGUGAUAAAGGUUUGCCUCAGUACGCACUACCCGACCUGGCUAACACUGGUAUGUCAUGGAUAUUUCCUAUUUCAAAGUCUCAAAACAAUGUACUUGUAGAACUUGUGACUCAAUCGUCAAGUGGGCGGCGGGAGAAUGAACCGCGUGUAUCCGUGCUGGGUGAAGGUCACGUAGUGAAGACUCCUCGUGGAUACGUGUCCAAAAUGGCCCUUAGACCACAGACUCUUUCACACAAUGGCACUCCACAAGGCAUUUUACCUAUGGAUGCUGGUAGCCGCAUUGGUGUGAUGUUUGUCCCUUGUCCUAAAGUGAACAAGGAUGAACCAGAUCUAGCAGAGAUGCACUUUAUAAUCAAUGGUGAGGAUCAGGGGCCAUGCACUAAAGUUAUUCCAUACACAAGAGGGCCGUUACAUGCCGUUGUUGAUGUCUAUGGGACUACCAAACAAGUAAAAAUAGUUCAACUAUAUGGAGUGAAAACUCUGCAAAGCGUAUGUAGAGAUGCAAUAUUACAGUAUGUAAACAAUGGCUCGAUAAAGGCUUUGCCAUUGCCAUCAUGCUUAAAAGACUUUUUACUUUCAUAGAGAGAGGCGUAAAGCAGAGUGUGAACUGUUUGACAAUAAGGCUGUUCUAUUCUUUUUCUAAAAACAUUGUCUGGGUGAUAUCAAUUAUUAUUAUUAUUUAAAUAUAUAUAAAAAAAAAAAGUGUAAAUUUUCAUCAAGUGGCAAUAAAAAGAUGAGAGAGCUUUUCAUAAAGAACAACAAGAAAGAAGACAGUGAACAAAGUGUUAUUUGAAGGUGUUUACAGUUAACCGGAAAGUUGUGCAUAAAGGUAAUGGUAUGAUUAGGUUCUAAUGUACUUCUCCACUUCUCUAUUAGCUUCCUUCUAGAUCCAUAGACAAGUAGUUAGAUCCUUCAUAGUGUAAUGAGUUUAUAUAACUGAUAGUUCCUGCUGUUUAUAUUCAAUGUUGAAUUCAUGAACAUGUAAAUAUAACUAAUGGAUGUUAAUCUUGACACAAAAAGACUGAGGGCAGCGUUGCUGUCACUGGUUUUUACUUUUUAAUGUUUAUUAUAAAAAAUGAUACACUGUUGAAUUCGACUACCUCAUUGGCCGAGUAG